AUGGAGCGGGCCACAGAUGCCGGGACUGCUCGUGACAUUGACAUUGAAAGUGUCACACAAGGGGACACUGAUCAGAAUCCAUGUCACAAAAGGAGGCACACUGAAUCUGGGCUUGUAGUGGAGGAUUCCUGGAUUCCGAAGUCUCAGUGUUCAGAGAACUGUUUACAUGGAUUUCGAAAAGUUCUGAGACCUGGAACACAAACCUGCUGCUACGACUGUGUGCGGUGCUCGGAGGGAGAGAUAUCCAACAGAUCUGACAGUGAGAACUGCAUUGUUUGCCCAAGUGAUAAAUGGUCUAAUGAGAAAAGGGAUCGAUGUAUUCCAAAAUCGGUGGAGUUUCUAUCAUAUUUGGAUGCAGUUGCUGCGGUUUUAUCCUUUGUAUCAAUUCUGUUUUGUCUUGUAACUGUUGUAAUAUUACUGAUCUUCAUUGUCUUCAGAGAUACCCCAAUUGUGAAAGCCAAUAACAAGAACCUCAGCUUCCUCCUCUUGGUCUCCAUCAUGCUGAGCUUUCUCUGUGUGUUUCUGUUCCUCGGCCGUCCUGAGGAUGUAACCUGCAUGCUGCGCCAAACAGCUUUUGGAGUCCUCUUCUCAUUAGCCGUGUCUUGUAUUUUAAGCAAAACAAUCAUGAUCUAUAUUGUUUUCAGAGCCGCAAAACCCGGCAGCUCCUGGGCAAACUGGGUCAGUGUGAAAGUCUCCAAUUCUAUAGUACUGCUCUGCUCAUCCAUUCAAGUUAUCAUUAAUAUUUCCUGGUUGGCCAUUUCCCCCCCAUUCCAGGAGCUGGACAUGCACUCUUCUCAGGGAAAGAUCAUCAUUCAGUGUAAUGAGGGCUCGGUUAUUGCCUUCUACUGUGUCCUGGGUUAUAUGGGGCUUCUGGCAGCUGUUAGUUUUAUUAUAGCUUUUUUAGCCAGGACAUUACCGGACAGUUUUAAUGAGGCCAAGUACAUCACCUUUAGCAUGCUGGUGUUCUGCAGCGUUUGGAUUGCGAUGAUCCCGGCCUAUCUGAGCACCAAAGGGAAGAACAUGGUGGCCGUAGAGAUUUUUGCCAUAGUGGCUUCAAAUGCAGUACUUGUAGGAUGUAUAUUUAUUCCAAAAUGCUAUAUAAUUCUUUUUCGACAGCAAUUAAAUACAAAAACAUAUUUACUUGGAAGCAAAGUUAAAGAUUUAACCAAAUAG